AUGAGGGAUGAGUCUAAAAGUUUCCUGAGAACCUGUCUGGACAUGCAGCCUCGAGAAAAUCAUGUUGGUGGCAUGAAGAUGGGAGUGUUAAUCAUUGUUGAGGAUGAUGUUGGGACUGUUGACUCAAUCCCAAACGCGAGGUUCUUUACUGUGGUGCUUGAGGAACAGAUAGUCAUUGAUGAAGUAAGUGACCUGCCGACAGCAGUUGCACUCCUGUUCGGUCUUGUGUAUGCCCUGAACAUGGCGUACCCAAAGGAACUGAAAUACACGUUCGAAACGAUUCAGAAGUUGUUCAUGUGCCUGGAUAAAAAAUCCCUAUUUUAA